AUGCAGUUCAUGGAAUUCUCCGAGGUGGAGAACCAGGAUGACUACUACAGCACUGACGCUGGCUAUAUCCACACCCAGGACCAGCAAGGAGUGUAUGUCAUAUAUGAUGAGGCCUUGAGUGACCUGAAGGAACUGGAAAGAGAACUGCUGCUCGUGGCCAGUCAUUAUAUAGAGAAAGAAAAAAGUCACAAAGAGGGCAGCAGCUCAAGGACUAGCCAGGCCCGGGGCUGGGCUCAUGCAGGUGUUGACAGGUUUGCUGUGCUGUGUGACAUGUGGACUUGGGAAGCAACUCUUUUAGAGCUCAAGCGUCAGCUUCUUGAUAGUUAUUUUGAAGCCUACCAACAUGUGUGGGACCCAGAAGAAAGGUUUGCCUUAGUGCAAGUGAUCACUGAUAUCAUGCACCGGCGUCCAAGGUUUGAUCCCAGCCACCCUUAUUUUGUUCAAGCCUACAGAGAUGACUGCACGUCCCUGAGGCUUCACUUACAGCUGGUAAGGGGUAUCCUCAACCAACAGAUAGAGUGUCAGAGGGAGUAUGUCCAGAGGCUUUGGAGAAAAAGACACUCAGAUGAGAGCAAUACUUUUGGACUUCCCCUUAACAUAAUCUGCAAACAACUUAUUUCCAUCAACAAUAGCAGCCCAGCACUGAAAAACAUUUAUCUGCUGGAGUUCCACCCUUCUCUGGGCCUGGCAGCACUCAUCCCCAAAGCCCUGGAGCAUCUUCUCCAGGCCUCCUGCAGCACCUGCAGACCUGCCUCAGCCAGCGGCGUCGCCCAACUGGAGAAUCGCCUGCUGCGAACCGCCCUGGAUGUGUGGGUUAACCUGGCCAAACCCCAGGCCUGGUACAGUGCACAGCUCCAGAGAGAUUUGUUUUCAGCUAAAGUGAUGGGAGACCCCUUUCUUGUGGUGGAUCUAGGCCUUCUUGCCUUCAAGUCUUCAGCCGUCGAAGGACAGAAGCAGGGCCAGGAAUUUCAUGCGCUGCUUUUGGAGACCUUUUCCAGACUCCUGGAACUGUUGACCCUCCGCCACCGCUUGAUAGAAAUGAGUCUGGAGAGCGCACACUUAGCUCGACUUUAUAAAGAAUUCGCGUGGGAAAUGGGUUUCGAAGAGUUCCAUUUGCAUCUGAGGCCUGUUCACUUUGAAUUGGCAUCACACAAGGAGAAGGUAGAAGAACCACCUCCUGUUUUCAUUACAUCUCUGUUGGAGGACAGUGAUCGGGUGGACAGAUAUUCUCCUACUACUCUUGUCCUAGCCAUCUCUGAAUUGGAUGACACUCAAGUGGGCAAAUUUAGUUUUUAUACGAAGGAAGCCAUCCUUAAGCUUUUGUUGCAUUCAGGAGUGGAAAAUAUGCAAGUGACCCUUGCAUGCCAAGCUGCUCAGAAAAAUGCUUUGAUGGUGGCUGUGCAGCAGGCAUCCUUCUAUCAUGUCCCCUGUGGGGGCCGUCCAGCCAAAGUCAAGGUCAGUCUGUGUGACAGAGAAACCUGA